AUGAAUCGGCUGAAGACGAAGCGGAGGGUUCGACGGAGCCAGAACACGAAGAUAAUUGCCGAUAUCACGACUGCGCUCCAGUCAACAACCCUUGACAUCAACUCCCUGAAGAACCUACGAGACAGGCUGAUCGCCAGCAACGAGGAACUCCGCAAGGUCAACGAAGAGAUUGAGCCGCUGAUCACCGAUGCCGACCUCGAAGCGGACUAUGUUGCUGUGGCAGACUACGAAGAUCAAGUAGCAAGAGCCCUCAGUGAGGUACGCAACAAAAUCGAGCGUCAACCGGCAGCACCAGCCAUUUACCAGGUGGGAGACGACGGUGACAGAGUCAUACCCCAGGCCACGGGCGUGAAACUCCCUAAACUACAACUACUGCAGUAUCAAGGUGAGCUUACCCUCUGGCAGCCCUUCUGGGAGCAAUUCCAAACUGCCGUUCACCGUAACACCAGACUCACGGAGGGAGACAAAUUCCAAUAUCUACGCUCCCUUCUGAGUGGGCCAGCUGCCAGUGCUAUCUUCGGGUUACAAGCAACGGCAGAGUGCUACAGGGACGCCAUAGAAAUACUGUCCGAACGCUUCGGGAACAAGCAACGCAUUCAGCGUGAGUACCUCGAAAGACUGCGAAGCCUACCAACGGUGAAGUCAGAUCGAGAUGUACGAGGACUAAGGAAUAUUUACGACCACGUCCAGACCAACAUUCGUGGCUUGCGUGCCCUAGGCGUUUCGAGUGCAACGUAUUCUACUAUGAUGGUGGACGUACUCCUGUCCAACCUCCCGACCGAUAUAGUGGUGGAGUACCAUCGACUCAAAAGAUACGGGAUAGGGCUUGGAGUUCCAAUCAACGGGAGAGAAAGAGCCCGAACGACUGACGAUAGACAACCGUUAGACGACGUCUCGCCUUCGCCAACAGAUUCAUAA